AUGAAAGAAGAACAAGAAGCGGAGAACCAACAACAAAUUAAAGAUGGGAAGGCGGUGACGAACGAACCACCAGCAGCGGAAGCCGAAGAUUCAGAAUCGAAACCAAAAGUCGAUAAGAAACGAAAGAAAAGUAAUGGAGAGUCUGAGGCACAGAAGAAGUCCCGUGAAACGAUUGGCGCUCAAGUGCUAGAAACAUCUGAAGGCUCGAAUAAGAUGCUUGGUUUCCACGUAAGUGCUGCCGGUGGUUUGGAGCAAGCAAUCUACAAUGCACGUGCUGAAGGAUGCCGUAGCUUCGCACUGUUCGUUCGAAAUCAACGAACGUGGAAUCACAAACCGAUGGAAGAGACUGUAGUGGAGAACUGGUGGAAAGCUAUCCGUGAAACUGAUUUUCCAUUGAAUCAAAUCGUUCCACACGGAUCGUAUCUCAUGAAUGCAGGCUCUCCGGAAGACGAUAAACUGCAAAAAUCAAGAGAUGCGAUGGUUGAUGAGUGUCAGAGAGCUGAAAAACUCGACAUCACAAUGUACAAUUUUCAUCCGGGAUCGACAGUUGGAAAGUGUGAAAAAGAGGAAUGUAUGACAACGAUCGCGGAGACAAUCGAUUAUGUUGUGGAGAGAACUGAAAAUAUUGUUCUAGUACUCGAAACGAUGGCCGGACAAGGAAAUUCAAUUGGAGGAACAUUCGAAGAUCUCAAAUUCAUCAUCGACAAGGUGAAGGACAAUACGAGAGUUGGAGUUUGCAUCGACACGUGUCACAUCUUCGCUGGCGGAUACGAUAUUCGAGAUAAGAAAAACUACGAGGAGGUGAUGACGAAAUUCGAGAAAACAAUCGGAUGGAAAUAUCUGAAAGCGCUUCACAUCAAUGACUCGAAAGGUGAUCUCGCCUCGAAUCUGGAUCGCCAUGAACAUAUCGGAGAAGGGAAAAUUGGAAAGAAGGCAUUCGAAAUGCUGAUGAAUGACAAACGAUUGGAUGGAAUUCCGAUGAUUCUGGAGACGCCAAAGGGGAAGUAUCCGGAGGAAAUGAUGCUCAUGUACAAAAUGGAGAAGAAAUAA